AAAGCUUGAAGGAGCUGCUUUAAUGAGGCAUAACUCGCCAGACGAAGCACUCUACCCUUGCGUUCUACACCACCUUUCGAAUCACUCCAUCAUCCUUCCUCAUUCACGAUCUCACUAUGUCCAAGUCAAAGCGCCGUAAUCAGCGCCAGGUCCGCCCACCCGCUGCGUCCGCGCCUUCCGAAGAUACAGUUCCUGGAGAAGAUGCUCUGGAAUUCCUCUUCAACUACCGGCCUAAAUUUAAAAAACCGACAGGUUUUGAGGGUAGUGAUGGUACUCGCGGUACUGCGCAAUACGACAUGCAUCUGCAUUCCCAACUUAUUCUCAAAGACAUCAUACUUUUCCCUGAUAUGCUCGAGCAGCUAGCUGGUGCUGUCAAUUCCCAGCACUGCACUUCGACUGGAAGCAUCAGGGAUCUACCUCCAGUUCCCGAGGGUCAUGACCUGCAUCGACUCAGUGUUCACCAAAAUCUGCAGGAAUUUGAAGGCAUCGAAAUAGGCCCAGAAGUUGACCUCCAGCGCCAAUAUCCCAAGCUGCAGAAUAUUUCAUCUCUCGUCGCCUCCACCCUAGUCGCUGGUCUUGGUCAAUGGUCAAGCAUCUUCCAAUACAGCGAAAAGCCUAUAUCCAUGAUGCCUUACGCUCUUGCAGAUGGAUAUCUCUCGCUUAAUAAAGAUAUCGUAGCAAAGGCCGGGCUUCCCGACGAUCUUGACAGCGAUAUUCAGCUUGUCAUCGAGACGGGCUUAUCCGACUUCCUGUUCUGGGAGUUCAAGAGUAUGAACGCAGGAAGUGAGGGAGUCAUGCAAGCUAUCAGCCAUUUGGCCGGCUCGAAGUUCCCUUGGGUUCGCUGUCCUACAUCCCAGAGUUGCGGUGGACGGUUUUGCCAGAAGACGAACAACAGGUUCCAGUUCACCGUCACGGGUCAUAAAACGGGCGUGGAUGGAGGUAUCUUGGAGGAUACCUCGGAUAUCAAAUCUGGUGUUUCAAACAGAAGGACGCCUAGGCUCGAUAAAUCUAAUAUCGAUUUGUCCCCAACUUCUGUGCUAAACACAAGCGGAUGGAAGUUCAAACUUCCGGAAAGAAAGCUACGGAAGGCGGGGUCCAAAAGGAAACCAGCAUCCCCUGAUGAAGUCGGAGGAGACAAUAGCGAAGACGAAUGUGACGCCAGUGGAGGUGCAGAUGACGGCUCUGUGCAUAGGCUUCCGUUUACCAAGGGCGACUUCUAUAAGGCGCUGAAAAUCAUCCAACAGGUAUGGGCCGAAGCUGUCAACGUCGAUGUAACUUUCAUGGUUUUAAAUGCCGGGAGCCGAGAAUUCAUAGGCAUACGGGAUCGAAACUUACAACGCCUCUAUCUGUCGCCGCUCAUAGAUUUAGACAACCCCGGUAGUCUUCCUGCAGGCUACUUCAAAAUCCACGCCGGCCUACAAAUUGCAGCACUUCACGAUGUGAUUCUUCGUGCGAAGCGUUUGAAGGCGCUCUCACGCCGUCCCAAGCUUCACACAUUCCGGUACGACCGUGGUGAACCAUACCCAGACAAGGAGCCAAACACUAUAAAGACGACCAGGCCUUGCAAGUCUACAGCGACUCCAAAGGCAGCAAAAGCAAAGAUUUCGGAAGUUGAAGACAAGGAGAACGAGAAUGAUGAGGACUACUACUCGGGAAGCGAACUGACUUCAGAGGAACAACAGCUCUUCCGGCGACUGCGAAAAGCAGGCUCGUUGGAGAUUUCAUGGAAUACACAUAUCGACGGUUUAGGACAAGCGAGCAGCAUGACAGUGACACGAAUCACACAAUCAAAUGCCAGACCGCUGAACUGCACAAAAAUGGAAGUGCAUGUUAUGGAUCAAUAUCCAAAAAGCACUCAUUCCUAUUAUUGUUACGUCGACAAUGGUCAGGUUGCUGUACGGGGAAUCGUUAUCAAAUUCGCUCAAUUUCCGCACGAAAGAAAGGGCCUUCGGAAAGAAUACGACAUGUAUACCAAAUUGUGGAGGAUCGAAAGCAUUGCCACAAGCCUUGGAAUACCUGAACAUUUCGGGCUUUACAAGUUCCAGGACAAGAUGGUUCUCGUUCUUCUGGAUAGCGGCGAUCCGGCUCCCACAAAAUUCAGAAACCGUACUCCCAACGACAUCUACGCAGUCAUUCAAGGAUCCUAG